GUUCAGUUCCAUGCGAGACGUUGAGCAGACGCGUGCCUGCUGCUAGCUGAAAUCAAGUAUACGCAUCGACACUAAGUGUACCCGGCGGGAUGUCAGCUUUCUCGAAAUUAUUGUCGCUGACCGGCUGCUCUGGAAGGCAGCCAAUGCGCCAGUACAGCGCCGCAGCGCAGUCGCAGCUGCGAGAGCUGCUCGGCAAGCAGCUGAGCGACAUUAGGGAGGCUGGCACGUUCAAGGCGGAGCGCAUCAUCACCUCGUCGCAGAGCACACAGAUUACGGUGCAGGGCAGCGACCAGAAGAUACUCAACUUCUGCGCCAACAACUAUCUCGGCCUGGCGAACAAUCCGGAGAUUGUGCAGCACAGCCAGCAGCUGCUGGCCAAGUAUGGCGCUGGCUUGAGCUCGGUGCGCUUCAUCUGUGGCACUCAGGACAUUCACAAGCAGCUGGAGCAGAAGAUCUCGCAGUUCCAUGGGCGUGAGGAUGCGAUAUUGUACGCCUCCUGCUUUGAUGCCAACGCUGGCAUCUUUGAGGCAAUCCUCACGCCAGAGGACGCCGUCUUCUCGGACGAACUGAACCACGCCUCCAUCAUUGACGGCAUUCGCCUCUGCCGGGCCAAGAAGCAGCGCUACAAGCACCGCGAUCUGGCUGACCUGGAGCAGCAGCUGCGCUCGUCCGAUGCCCGGCUCAAGCUCAUCGCCACCGAUGGAGUCUUCUCCAUGGACGGCAACAUAGCGCCGCUGGCACGCAUCGUCGAGCUGGCCAAGAAAUACAAUGCCCUGGUGUUUGUAGACGAAUGCCAUGCGACUGGCUUCUUCGGUGCCACCGGGCGCGGCACCGAGGAGUACGACAAUGUCAUGGGCGAGGUGGACAUUAUCAACUCAACGCUGGGCAAGGCCCUGGGCGGCGCCUCUGGCGGCUACACCACUGGUCCGGCCGAGCUCAUCUCAUUCCUGCGGCAGAAGUCACGCCCAUAUCUCUUCUCCAACACGCUGCCUCCAGCGGUGGUUGCCGUCGGCCUGAAGGUCAUGGACAUGCUGCUCAGCUCCAGCGAACUCAGCCAGCGCGUCCAGAGCAAUACCCAACGCUUCCGCCAAGCCAUGACCAAGGCGGGCUUCACCAUUGCCGGCGAAAACCAUCCCAUUUGCCCGGUCAUGCUGGGCGAUGCACGUCUCGCAUCCAGCUUCGCCGAUGCGAUGCUCACUCGAGGAAUUUAUGUCAUCGGCUUUAGCUACCCGGUGGUUCCGCAGGGCAAGGCUCGUAUACGCGUCCAAAUCUCUGCAGCUCACACGGAGCAGGAAAUCGAUCGAGCUGUUGAGGCAUUCAUCGAGGUCGGGCGCUCAUUGAAGGUUAUCAAAUAAUGAUAUCACGUAGAGUUUUCUACGUCCUUUUCUGUUGCAUUUAGAAUUAUUGCAGGAAAUCCGUUGGCAUUUACCGAACUGCAGCGCAGUUUUAAAUAUAUACAAGCUAUUUUUUUUUUAGCAAAUUAUA